AGUUGCUAAGGAGAGGCAAGGCUGGCUCAUGGCAUCUUACCUUAAACUCUUAUUAAAGUAAAUAUAUGAAUAGUAUGCGAUUUAUAUUUAUAUUUGUCCCAUCGUUGACCAACAAAUAAAUUCGGCAUUUAGUAGCAAAAAUAAAGCCCUGAUCAUUAUAGCUAUCGUCAAACCCCUAAACAAUCCUCUUACCUUAGGUAGGUAUUUCCCAAUAUUAACGGAAUAGGAAAAGAGAGGCUUGUUAGUCAGCACGCAUUAGAGGUACUUUCUCAUCUCUCAAUCUUCACACAUAUCCACGCAUAUCUUCAGGCAUGUUAAUCUGAGGCAUUCACAGCUCACCUUAACAACAGCUUAUGCCUUCCACUUUUAUCAAAAUAUAUCUUCCUGCACAUUUCCAUCAUUAAUUUUUCUUUCAUCUGCUUUUACUUUUACAACCUCGUCAACUACUUAAAAAUGGAACCUCAAGACCAAAUUGCUCCCCCAAAUCAGCAAACUAUUCCAACUGAACCUCAAGUCCCUCACCCGAAUCAACCAAUUCAUGAUGGGAUAAUAUCCGGACAAGGUCAACAACAACAACUACCGAUACCGACUUCCGGGAUGCCUUUAUCAUCUGACAACUCGAUGACUGAAAAUGGUCUCCCUAUAUUUCCUAAUCCAGACGAUACCUUUGCUGCGCUCCAGCAAACGGUCUUCAAUAAUGGUAAUUUCACUAAUCCCGGGUUGAUGAUACCUCCGAAUCAACCACAUAUUAUACCCGGUUUCAACAACCCCGUUAUACCUCAGCCAACCAACGGCAAUGCUCUAACCGCAGAUGAUAUCGCCUUAUAUGAUCGCCAACUGCGAUUAUGGGGCAUGGAAGCGCAACAAAAGAUACAGAGCGCCAAUGUUGUUCUGAUCACUAUGAAGGCUCUCGCCAACGAGAUUGCCAAAAACCUAGUCCUAGCUGGUAUCGGCUCUUUAACCGUUGUCGAUGAUCAAGUAGUCACCGAGGCCGAUCUUGGAUCGCAAUUCUUCCUCACCGAGGAAAACGUCGGUCAAAACCGAGCUGAAGCCGCCGUCGGUAGAAUCCAGAAGCUGAAUCCCCGAGUCAAGGUCAUCGCGGAUUCUGGGAGCAUUAUGACCAAGGGCGCAUCGUUUUUCGGCGGUUUCGAUAUCGUCAUCGCAACGGAUCUUAGCCCUACAGUACUCGCCUUCAUCAACACCGCCACUCGUCUCCAUAACCGCCAGUUUUAUGCUGCUGGCACUUAUGGCUUCUACGGUUACAUAUUCUGCGACCUAAUCGAGCACGAUUACGUCCUUCAGCGAGACAAGCCCAAUGUACCCACGGCUGUAGGACCGGAGACCCGGACUCGCAGCGUUAUUAAAGUGGAAAGCGAAAAGGAAGGCGGUAAAACUAUCGAGAAGGUGCAAAAGCGCGAAUUAUACUCUACCUGGGAUCUCGCGUCCGAGACGAGCUUACUGCCUCCCGAGUACCUGAAAUCCAAACGCCGCCUCAAAGCCGUCUCCCCAGCCCUAUCCUGUCUGCGCGCUUUAUGGGCCUUCCAACAAACCCACAACGACCGCUUCCCUGAGCACAACAAGCAGGACCUAGAAGCCUUCACCAGGUCCGCCACGCAUAGCCACCAAUUACUGUCUCUCCCCACCGAGACCCUCCGCUCCGAGUUCCUGCGCAGUUUCCUGCAGAACGUGGGCAGCGAGAUCGCGCCCGUGACCGCGAUCCUGGGUGGCCAGCUCGCGCAGGACGUCAUCAACGUCCGCGGGCAGCGCCAGCAGCCUAUCCAGAACAUGGUCGUGUUCGACGGCGACAAGAUGGAGGCCGAGAUGUAUCCGCUCCAUCCCGAGGGCAAUCUCGGUAGGGCGCAGCUCGAACUAUCGACGGCGCCCGGAAUGAUGCCGCUUGGUCACCUCGAUGCUUCGCAGAUGCUUCCCAUGGACCCGGCGGCUAUGAUGAUGGUACCUGCACCUGGCGUGUGACGGGGUAGAUGACGUGUAGGUGAAAUCUACGCAAUAGGGGCGAGGCGAGGUUUCCUUGCGUUUGGACACAGUAGGGGCGGUCGAAUCCCGCGCGUUUUUCAGAGUUGGCAUAGCAGAUUUUCUUUACGCUUUCCGGAUUCCAGCUGAUGAUCCGGUUCGAUUAUUUCCAUUUAUCUGCCUGGGAAUUAGCAGGCGGAUUUCCGAUAAGAUAUUCAUCU